AUGUCGCCAAGUCGUGAGGAUAGUGUGUAUUUGGCCAAGCUGGCUGAGCAGGCCGAGAGGUACGAGGAGAUGGUUGAGUCUAUGAAGGAGGUGGCCUCGAGUGGUCAGGAGUUGAGUGUUGAGGAGCGUAACCUGCUGUCGGUUGCUUAUAAGAAUGUUAUUGGUGCGCGCAGAGCGUCCUGGAGGAUUAUCUCCUCGAUCGAGCAGAAGGAGGAGAGCAAAGAGAAGGCUGAGCACCAGGUUGAGUUGAUCCGCACGUACCGUGGCAAGAUCGAGACCGAGCUGACGAAGAUCUCUGACGACAUACUGUCUGUGCUAGACUCCCACCUGAUCCCAUCCGCCACCAGCGGCGAGUCCAAGGUUUUCUACUACAAGAUGAAGGGUGACUACCACCGUUACUUGGCUGAGUUCUCCAGUGGUGAUGUGAGGGACAAGGCCACCGAGGCCUCCCUAGAGGCUUACAAGACCGCCUCAGAGAUCGCCACCACAGAGCUGCCACCAACACAUCCUAUCAGAUUGGGUCUGGCUCUGAACUUCUCCGUGUUCUACUACGAGAUCCAAAACUCCCCAGACAAGGCUUGCCACUUGGCUAAGCAAGCUUUCGACGACGCCAUCGCCGAGCUGGAUACAUUGUCCGAGGAAUCCUACAAGGACAGUACUCUAAUCAUGCAAUUGCUAAGAGAUAACUUGACCUUGUGGACUUCCGACAUGUCUGAAGCUCAAGAUGAACAAAAUGACGAACCACCAAAAUGA